ACUGUGGUCUGCGCCCAGGGCGGCCCAGGCGCCCAGGCAGCCCAAGUGGCCCAGGGGUUCUGAGCCGGAGACUUCCGAGAAGGUUCGGUAUUCUUACACUGUCACGUUAGCAGAUUGAGUCAAACAAAAUUAUAGUCAUGUCGCCCACCGACGCCGGCAAGCGCCGCACGAGGGCAGAAAAGGCAACGUCUCAAGAGCUGAACAACCCUUGUCUCAAGGAGCAGAAACUGAGCCUCAAGUGUCUCGACGACAACGGCUACGACAAGGAAAAGUGCACCUUCUUCUUUGUCAACUACAAUGUGUGCCAGAAGUUCUGGCUGUCCAUAAUGAAGGAGCGAAAAAGCCUCGGCAUCGAACCGGCUCUUCCCCCUCCCGAAGAGAGAGAAGGCAUCAAGAAGGACCGACUGCGCAAAGCAAAAAAGCUGAUGCCAUACCCGUAACCCCCCACUGUACUCUUGUGAAUAGAUGCCACACUUUUCAAGCUUC